AUGUCAAUCGCUGGUGCUGACCGCAAUAAUCAUCAUGCACCUAUGCAUUUGACCGGGAAAUCCCGCCUGCUUUUUCUCGUUGGCAUUUGGACUUUAUUGGAGAAUUACCUACUACCACAAGUGGUAAUCGCUCGAUACUCGUUGCUGUUGACUACACGACAAAUCAAGCCUAUUGCUCGAGCUGUUCCUGAUGCAACCAGUGAAGCCAUUGCCAAGUUCAUUCACGAGGAAAUUGUUAUGCGUUUUGGCUGUCCUGAUGAAAUCGUAACCGAUCGUGGCGCUAAUUUUACGGGCAAGUUCUUGGAUUACUACCUUGGUCGACUUAAAGCCAAACACAACUUGACUUCGGCUUUCCAUCCUCGUUCAAAUGGCAAGGUUGAACGUACCAAUGGGAUACUCAAAUCCAUGUUACGCAAGUAUGCAUGGUGA